UUAGGAGUAUAAAUCAAAGUUGAGCAAAAACUUUGCCAGUAUUAUUGUUGUAGAAAAUAGGAAAAGGAAAAAGUAAUGGAGUUGGGAGGUUAUUGGUGGUGGCCAGUGUUGUUAGUUUUGGUUUAUUUUGGUAUGAAUGGGUGCUUUGGUUGCUGGGAGCAAGAGAGAAUUGCUCUCUUGGAACUCAAAGCUUCCACUCUCAACUACACUAAUGAAUAUUAUUUUCCUCAUUGGGACUCAGCCGACAAAGAAAGUGAUUGCUGUGAGUGGGAAAAAGUCAAGUGUGACAUCACUACUGGCCGUGUAAUCAAACUUGCUCUUAAUAAUAUGAUUUAUUGGAGUAGAGAAAAUGGGGGAGGUUGGUACUUUAAUGCCUCUCUGUUUCUUCCAUUUAAAGAGCUCCAGUACCUCGAUUUGAGUUUAAAUUCCAUUUCGGUAUGGAUCCCAAAUGAAGGUUUUGAAAGAUUCUCUACGUUGGGCAAGCUAGAAGUGCUUCACUUGGGUGAUAAUAGUUUUAAUAACAGCAUUUUACAAUCCUUUAGUGGUACUAUUGCUUCGCUCAAGGAACUGCAUUUGGAUUACAACAGUUUGAAUGGAUCAAUCCACAUCCAAGACUUCAAAGCAUUUAACAACUUGGAGGAGCUCUACUUGCGCGGAAAUCGUAUCAAUGACUUCUUGACAACAAAAGAUUCAAACAGCUUAAGUAAGUUGCAAGUCCUAGAUUUGAGUGUCAACAAAUUUAAUGCACGAAUUCUUGAGUCAGUAGCUGCCUUCCCAUCGUUGAAGAUAUUAAAUAUUGGACUAAACAAUUUCGAAGGAUCGUAUAUUACUAAAGUUUUCACUCGUCUAACUGAUGAUGCUGAUGAUAAAAACAAAGUGGACAUUUCUAAUUCUUUCUUGGAUUUGUAA